UUGUUUUGUAUAUGGGACCGACGUGAAGAUAUGUUUUCUCUCAGUUUCAAGACACCACACAAACAGGAGCAGCAUGUUCCGGAUUGCUCUGUUCGUCACUCUGAUAAUUGGCAUUGCAGCCAAACCAUAUAAACCAUGGAAUAAACUUAGUGAUCAUGACAUCCAGGACACAGUCAUGUCAGGAGACACCAAAUGGAAGAUGCCUAUAAAUGUGGAAGUGGAGCCCCCUGAGGACAUGGAUGAAACUGACUUUGACAUUGAUCCCAAAAUGAAGAUCUGGGAGGAAAAGGAAAAGCAAGCCUCGGUGGCAGAAGCCGACCGAGAUGAUGUGCAUCAUCCCUCCGUGAAGAAUUCCCCUGCUGAAGUUGAAGAGCAGGACUUGGAUGCAGUCUACCAGAAAGCCAGGGCGGAAGUGGUUCGAUAUCUGGCCCCGCUCACUGUUGAAUAUAAAAUGAAGCUACAACAUGUACAACUCGAACCAGAAGAUAAUGCUGCACACGUGAGACGUCACCUGAAGCCAGAAGUGGACAUGGAUGACGUAUAUCAUCCUGAUGUUCAAAGCUUGAUCCCAAGUUACCAAGACGACAAUGAUGCCGCUUCUCUUGAUUGGUCGUCUGAUAGGCAUUAUGACAAACCGGAGGAAGAUCUAGAUCAUAUCUACCACCGCUGAUCAGUGUCAGUAACAUGUUAAAAAUGGAUGAUUGUAGACCGAUAGAAUGUAAACCACUGGACAAUGUCUAAUUGAUGAUCAUCUGUAGUAUGUAAGUAAGUUGUAGUAGUAGU